CCCGGAAGAAUGAACCCAUCUAAAACCCUGCGGACUGUUCCAUACCCAUUUCAGCAACCAUCCUUGCAAAACCCUAAAACCUUAACGUUCCACAAUUUCACCAUCUCCAAUGGCCUCUCGAUAUCGCUCAAUAUCCAGACCUACUUUUAACCUUCUCAAAUCCACUAUAUCCACUCCCAAACCCAAAUCUCUACCUUCUCUUCAGUCCCCUUUCUCUUCUCCAACACUUCGGAGGUCAGUCUCGCAAAUGGGUUCUCUUCAAUCUCUGCUUCCCUUGCACACAGCUGUCUCUUCGGCUCGACUCACCUCUUGCCUCGGCAUCGACUCCAAGGGAUCCAGGUCGUUGUCUCAGGGUAUGCUUUGCAGUGCAAAUCCAGGGGUUUGAUUUUUGUAUUGUAUCCAACUAGGUCUCAGUGUGCCGCGAUAAUAGUCUGAUAUUGAGAAAAGGCAAAAAGAGAAUGAUUUCUUUCAUUGAUGAGAGUCAUGGCUUCUCUUCUACAGUGAUGCACUCUCAUGUGUCUCCUGAAUUUAUUUUUUUGAACUACUUGUGUACUGGGCACAGAGGUGCAACACUUGAAUUUCGGAAAAUUUCACAAUUCUCAUC